AUGGAUGCAUUACUAGUAUGUGGAUGUGACAGUGAAAUAUCAGAUGAUAAUAUUGUUAUGAAAGAUAUAGCUAAUGGAAAAUCGGCGUCGUUGAAUAUUAAUUCUUGGUUAGUGGUAAGUUUUUUAAAACUAAAUUUCGAAAAAUAUAUUUAAAAAAUAUAAAAAUAGGUUGCACCAAGUGUUGAAACUCGCAGUGAUAUUCGACAAGUUGCAAUGGUUGACAGAAAAACGAAAGAAAUCAAAUCGAAUCCAACAUUUGAAGAGCUUUUCAAACCAGAAAGUGGACCUGUCAACCCAUUCAAAACUGAAAAACAAAGAGCACAGAAAAAUACACUCACGGGAUAUGUCGAACCUGCACAUUUUUAAUCAAUUCCAUUUUGACAAAGAAGUUUUGAUACUCUUGGAUAUGCGAGAAAUCCGGUCAACUGCAGAUCGAGGGAACGGAAUUCGUUGGAGACACCAAAAAAGCCAUACAUCAGUAUCCCCGGAUUUUCGUCCGGAGGAGUCACAUUCUAACUUUGGAAAAAAAAGGGUGAGGAGACCAAGCUAACUUUUUGAAAAACAAGAACCUGUGUGUUUUACUGAAAACCUGCGGGUUUCUUGCAAAAUUCUUGCAGGUUUUCAGCGUCGCCAGGUUUUCUCGUCUGUUUACAAAUGCGUGUGUGAUAUUGAUGGAUAUACUGGACCAUGGUCAAAAUAUGAGAAUGAGAAAACAAUUGCAAAACCAACGCCAGAAUUGCAAAAAGACAUGGAUGCAUUUGUGAAAAACAAGCAAGAAAAGAGUCGACGAUAUAAGAAAGAGCAAAAAGAUAAUGAACAAAAGGCUGAAGAAUCUUCUGUAAGUUUUUUUUCGCUCAUUACUUUAAAAAAUUAUACAAUUUUUAGUCAAAGACGCUGAAGACUAUCAAAGAGCUUUACUGGUGUCAAUCUUCGAAGAAGACUAUGUUCCUGAAAGAUGUUAUAUUCCAAACAAAAACUCUCCUACAGAGGACAUUCGAAAGGCCUGUUCGAGAAGUCGCUUUCAACAACGAUGCAACACAAUUCCUAUCAGCCAGUUUUGAUAGAUAUGUAAAAUUAUGGGACACUGAAACCGAACAAGUUGUAAAUCGCUUCCCACACAGGACACGUUCCAUAUUGUCUGAAAUAUCAUCCAGAUGAUGAUAAAAAUCACAUGUUUUUGGUUGGUAUGCAAAAUAAGAAGAUUUGGACAUAUUGGCGAAGUGAUUCCCGUUGAUGAACAAGAUGUUGGUUAUGAAGUUGAGGUGAAAGAAGAUUUGGAGUGUAUUCAAGUUGCGGAAGAAUAUUAUGGAGGUUAGUUAGAAUUGUUUUUAUAAUUAAUCACAAAUGUUCAUGUUCAGGAGUUCCUUCAACUUCCAGAAGGUCAAUAUUUCGAUUAUGUUCCAGUUGAUGGUGAUAGAUUGAUUGAUGAAGAAGGUUCUGAAUUCAUUUUCGACUCGGCCACACAAUCCUAUCAACAGAUGCAGAAGAACAAUGUUGUGUAGAUUGA